CUGAUAAAGCGUCAGGCCUUUCCUGUGUCAGCCUGCACAUAGCUGCAACCAGGACACAACCUCAGUCAGUGACUCCGCAUAAAACUGCCAACUGGGACACCAGCCAACAUGGAACACACUGAGGCAUUCUCUCCAGCCGACAACAUGGACUUUGGGAACCUGGCUUCAAUCGGUGUUGGGGCAGCCUUUUAGGGAGGCAAGCAAUUUAAACCAGUUAGAACCAGUGAGCCAGUUAGAACCAGUGAGCCAGUUAGAACCAGUGAACCAGUUAGAACCAGUGAACCAGUUAGAACCAGUGAGCCAGUUAGAACCAGUGAACCAGUUAGAACCAGUGAACCAGUUAGAACCAGUGAGACAGUUAGAACCAGUGAGACCGUUAGAACCAGUGAACCAGUUUGAACCAGUGAACCAGUUAGAACCAGUGAGACAGUUAGAACCAGUGAACCAGUUAGAACCAGUGAGCAGACAGAGAGAACUAUGUGGUACUAUAGAGACCAGAGAACUACGAUGAACACUGUGUUCUGAGAGAGAAGACGACAGAGGCUUCCACUGUUGGCCCUUCUACAGGGGGCACCAAUGCUGUGGUCAGAAAUUGAGGGACCCACCACCACUACUACCGAGCUUCACCACCACCCCUCUGACCAGCAACACAAAGUCCCAUAGGAGGAACCCAGAAGUGAAGCAGGAAGUAAGCGGCAGUGGUAGCAGAAAGCAUGCUGGGAUGUGGGGGCGGGGCCAAGCUGCGCCACAGUUUGACGGUGGCCUCGGGAUUCGUUGAAAACCUGUGUUUCUCGGGGAUAGCGUACGGCUGGGCGUCGCUGGUGUUCAUCCUUAAGAACGACGGCUACUUCAGUGACCUCUGUGACAUCACUGCCAACGCCACUGACCCCGGUGACAUUAUCACGUUGUCAGGGGAGUGGCCCGGUGAUAACAUCAUACAGUCAGACUGUAGUGUCCAGGAUGAACAGUUCUCUCUGGUCUUCACCGUCGCCUCCUUCUCCACGAACUUCCUGCGUUUUCCUCUGGGCUUCCUGUUCGACUGCUUCGGCACCAUGGCGACCAGGCUCCUGGCCACAUGUCUGUACACCACGGGGACCUUGUUGAUAACUGUCUCCAGUCCAGAGCAGUCAGCGUUGCUGUUUCCUGCCAUCUCGUGCCUGAUCACAUCUGGAAUGUUGUUCUACACCACCAAUGCUCAGGUGGGGAACCUGUUCGACAGCCACCGUUCCACGGUCAUAUCGGUCUACGCCGGGGCCUUCGACUCCUCCGCCGCUGUCUUCCUCAUCAUCAAGUUUUUGUAUGAAAGAGGGGUCUCUUUCCACUCCUCCUUCCUCGUUCUCUCCGUCUGCAGCGUCAUCCACGUCUUCCGGACGUUCUUCCUCAUGCCCAAGACCCACAUCCCCUACCCACUCCCCGACAGAUAUGCUUACGGGGUGAGCUGCGGUGGCUGGCGUUGGAAGAGAGGGGGAGAGAGGGGAGAAAAGGACGGAGGAGGAGGAGAGAGAAAAGGAGAUGUGAAUGCCAAAUAUCAGAAGAAUGCUGUGUUACAGAAGGCUGAGAGUGCCCCGCUGCAGUUGCAGGACAAAGCAGGACCUUCCAGACCCGAUCAGCCCGAGAGAGUUACCAGUUUUAGGAGUUGUGUCCUGUCCUGGUUCUUCCUGUGGCACCUGGUCUGGGUGGCUGUCAUGCAGUUCUGUCACUUCCUGUUCAUCGCCACGGUGAACCCCAUGCUCAACCGGCUGGCCAACAGAGACCAGACCCUGGUGAGUCAGUACACCAAUGCCUUUGCCUUCACCCAGCUCUGUGGGGUCCUCUGUGGUCCCUGGAAUGGCCUCAUCAUGGACAGACACAAGGGGAAGCCACUGGCUCCAGGAGAGACGAAGCAAGAAGCCGACCUGCGCUCCUCUUCUCUCUCCCUCUUCCUCACCUCCCUCCAGUGCCUCCUCUUCUACGUCUGCGUCUCCUCUCCUCUCCUUCCUCUCCAGUACCUCACCUUCAUCCUGCAAGUCCUCAACAGUGCCUUCAUCUAUGGUGGACACCAAGCCUUCCUCACCAUCGCGUUUCCCGGCUGCCAUUUUGGUAAGUUGUCUGGUCUGAUAACAUCUCUGUCAGCUGUGGUUCUGCUUCUCCAGUUCCCUGUUCUACACCUCAUCAGAGAGUUCCUGCAUGGAGACCCUAUCUAUGUGAACGUGGGUCUGACCCUCCUCACCCUCCUCACCUUCAUCCACCCCCUCCACGUCCACCUCCACUGCCGCUCUCUAGCCAGUCAGAGGAGGGCUACCGCCGAAGAGGAAGUGACAAACUCAGGGUCAAAGGUCACGUGCAACAGGCUGGUGGAGAUGUGACGACAACCAACAACAGUAGUGGUGAAGGAGAGAAGACGAGGAGAGAAAGCAUCUUUAGACUGUUGGGAUGCAUCCAGAACAAUUGACACUACAUCAUGGACAAUGCCACUGACUGUACAAGGCAGGGCAAAGGAGGACAGUGACCAAAGUGAAGACCUACUGUAAUGUGUGUGUUAACCUGUCUGAUUGUAAUAAAGAAUACAACUAAACUGUGAAACAACAAAGUCCAAAGUAUA